GCCCUCUGAUAAUGUCUUCCGGUCAUUGUUCGAACGGCUACAUACCCGCAUCGUGGAGGCGCUCGCCUGUAUCUAUGGCAAAGCUCGUUGGCGCUUGGCCAGCGUCCAUUCCCAACCAGUCACUCUGCCGUGCCACGUCUUGGGUGCGAUGCAACAUCAUCACCUGUUCCAAUGUUAGCUGCACUGAUCCCUGCCUGUCUUUGUCGGUCCUCCACAUGGCCUAGAGCCACCAUGUUACCCUCCGCACUUUUUGAAAGCUCUGAAUAAGCACACGGCUAGAGGCAGCGGAAGAUAAAUAACAGAAAUGCCCGAGAUACGACGCCAGGGGUUUGUAACGGACGCAGUCUGCUGUGUUGGCGUUUUCUCAAGUAGUUUCGCGUCCCCUUGGAAACGACGUCUCCCCCAUUCGGCUUCUAAAGUUCUCCUUAACUUCUGCGCCUGAGCUUUCUCUCUCCACAAUUUGCUACUCUUGCUGAAAUGAGAGAACGCCGUCCGGAUGGCAUUCGUGCCAAUUGGAGGUGUUUCGUCGCCUGCGGAGUGGUGGUUCUCUCCCCGUUCCAAUAUGGAGUUGAUUUUGGAAUCAUCGGUGGCUUACAGGCCAUGCCUGGGUUUCUUCAGGUCUAUGGUUACGAAGACUCCAAGACAUCCAUCGGAUGGAACAUAUCCACCACCCGCCAACAGUUAAUCUCCUCUCUCAUGACCCUCGGCGCUUUCAUCAGCUCCAUGCUUGCAGGAGCAAUUGCCUCAAAAUUGAGUCGAAAGAUGUGUCUGUGGCUAUCCUGUUUGUUCUGCAUAGUGGCCAACGUCAUUAUGAUGACGACAGCGCACAUUGCAGCGCUGUAUGUUGGUCGCCUGCUCAUCGGCUUGGGUAAUGGUGGCUUCAUGACGUUCUCUCAACUUUACAUUCAAGAAACGAGCCCAGCAAAGUAUCGCGGACUGUUCAUGACCGGCUUUCAGUUCUGUGUGACGAUUGGAACUCUCAUCGGUACAAUCAUAGACUGGGCGACCGCUCAACGUCCCGACAAAUCGGCAUAUUUGAUACCACUAGGAGUUGUAUAUGUUGUCCCUGUUUUCAUCACUGCAGCACUUUUCUUCAUCCCCGAGUCGCCUCGGUGGCUGAUCAUGAGAGAUCGGGUUGAAGAAGGGAGGAAGGCUCUGAUGUGGCUGAGGCCCAAAGGCGUAGAUGUUGAGGACGAGGUCAACGAGAUUCAAGGUGUGGUGCUCGAGGAUCUUGAGACGAAGAAGUCAGUAACAUUCUGGGACAUGUUCAAAGAUCCCGUGGACCGGAGGCGGACUAUUAGCUCCAUCGGCGCAGUAUGCUUGCAAGGUGCCUCGGGCUCGAUGUUCAUCAUUGCGUACAAAGCGUACUUCUUCACCAUUGCGAGGGUCGAGCACCCCUUUGCCAUGACCAACGUUUUGUCCACCUGCGGCCUCCUAGCAAUCAUCGCAAAUGCACUGGUUGUGGUGCGCUACGGUCGCCGUCGGGUUUUCCUUCUCAGUGGGCUUGUUCUAUCCGGCUGCUUUCAGCUGAUCAUGGCAAUUACCUUUGACAAGCAUCCGAACACAAUCUCAACUGGGAACUUGCUGGUCGCAAUAUCGUGCUUGUUCAUGAUAGCCUACAACGGGAUGAUUGCGCCGUAUUCCUGGAUGGUCGCCGGUGAAGCUCCCUCUCAACGCCUCCGUAGCUACACCUUAGGUGUUGCGUCAGCAGCCGGAUACUUCCUCGCUUGGCUCAUCACCUUCACUGCGCCGUACUUUAUCAACCCGAGCGCUCUGAACUGGGGUCCCAGAUAUGGAUACAUCUGGUUCCCGUCAUGCAUCAUCUCGGCUAUUUGGGCGUAUUUCUACAUACCAGAGCUCAAGGGUAGAACACUAGAAGAGAUAAACCAAAUGUUCCACGCCCGUCUGCCGGCUCGAAAGUUCCGUCAGUUCCAAACCACCACCGUAUCACGGAAAGUGAGCCAGCCCAAGGCGGACUUUGAAAGCAUCAAGGUCGAAAUGCUUGACAGAGCAUGAUCUAUGUGAUAGGGUCAAUGCUCGCAAAAUUAUGGCGAUCAUAAAUGGUGUUUGUCUGAUGGAAUAGCUUCGUGUGGCUAGUGCCAGCAGCGCCGCCACAGAUGUGGCGUACCACCCGCAUGGACCGUGUAGAAAAGGUAUUUCUACCGCUUCUCCGGUUCAUACGUAGUUUCUUAAUAGGACAACUACUUUUCUCUCAUAUGACAAGACGCUGCGGUUCAUCACACUUAAAUUGCUGCUUCUGAGAAGCAGUCAAGAACAUGGAUCGGCUGGCUACAAUCAUA